AUGCACAUCCACCGAACCAAUUGUGUCGGCUGGACCAAUUGGUGGGUCUUGUUGUGCUUGUUGUCUUUUGUCACUGCCGUAAAGGACCACACAUUCAAGACUUGUGACCAGGCUGGGUUCUGCCAUAGAAACAGGCACUUUGCAAGCCAAGUCCGCCAAAACGCAAACUAUAUUCCACAGUAUCACAUCGAGGGCUCCAGUGUGGGUUUAGGAACCGAUCCUGGCAAGUUCAGCGUCAUUGGAACCAUUUUGAAGAAGCUUCCCAAUGAUGCCACGGUUGAGUUGCCCUUUGAAAUUUCGGUUUUGGACAACACCGUUAGGGUGACUGUGGACGAAAACAGAAAAGGCAUAAACGUGCCCAACGUAUACUCUACCAAGAGAUAUAGUGAGACUUCGAAGUGGGCAUUUUUAGCCGACUUACCAUACCAGAAAGAUGUCAAGAACACCAUCGAAAAGAACAGAGUUAGUCUCGAGUACGGUCAAGAUUUGUCAGUGCAAAUUGAUUUCUAUCCGGUGAAAAUUACUGUGCUGAAGAAGGGAGAACCGGUUGUUGUGGUUAACGACCAGAAUCUCUUGAAUGUUGAACACUGGAGAUCCAGGUCAGAUGACUCUGAAAAUCAUCUUUCACCGGAAGAAAGCGAUUACGAUAUGUUUGAGGACAGUUUUCACAGCUCCAAGGAGGACUCGUUGCCAUUUGGACCAGAAGCUGUUGGUUUGGAUUUCGCUUUCAAAGGAUUUACCCAUUUGUAUGGGAUCCCAGAACACGCGGACUCUUUAGAUUUGAAAGACACCACAGGCAGCCUGCCAUACAGACUAUUCAAUGUGGAUAUUUUUGAGUACGAGACAGACUCUAGGAUGUCCAUGUAUGGAACUAUCCCAUUUUUGAUGGCAGUCAAACCAGACACCACAGCUGCAUUGUUCUGGAUUAACAGCGCUGAUACCUUCAUCGAUAUAGACAAAAACAGUAACAUUGAGGACUCUAGCUCGCACUGGAUUUCUGAAAACGGUCUUUUGGACUUCUUGAUUAUUGUUGGUGACACCCCAGCGCAGGUCAAUGAGAAGUACGGCUCCAUCACAGGUAAUACUCAAUUGCCCCCAAUGUUCUCGUUAGGUUACCAUCAAUGUAGAUGGAACUACAACGAUGAGACAGACGUCUUGGACAUCAAUGCCAAGUUUGAUGAGCAUCAAAUUCCUUACGACACGAUUUGGCUAGACAUCGAGUACGCUGAUCAAAAGAAAUAUUUCACCUGGCAAAAUGAAAAGUUCCCUGAUCCCAAGAGGAUGUUGUCAGAAUUGGAUCAUACUGGUAGAAACUUGGUAUUUAUUGUUGACCCACACAUCAAAACUGGCUACUCUGUGAGCAAGGACUUGAUUUCGAAGAAGAUCACAAUCAAUGAUAAGACCAAUUCUUCCUACCACGGUCAUUGUUGGCCUGGUGAGUCUGUUUGGGUAGAUUCAAUGAAUCCUAAUUCACAAAGCUACUGGGAUUCCAAAUUUGAAUGGAGUCCCAAAAAUCACUUCAUGGGUGGUGAAUCGGACAACAUACAUCUUUGGAACGAUAUGAAUGAACCCUCGGUUUUUAAUGGUCCAGAAGAUUCGUCACCAAGGGAUAAUAUUCAUUAUGGAGGCUGGGAGCACCGUUCUGUCCAUAAUGUGUACGGUUUGACCUUCCAUGAAGCCACCUAUAAUGCAUUGGCUAAGCGUCAGAUCGGAAACACCAACAGAGAGAGACCCUUUGUGUUGACUAGAGCGUAUUAUGCGGGCUCUCAAAGAACAGCUGCCAUGUGGACUGGUGACAAUAUGUCUAAGUGGGAAUACUUGAAAAUCUCGAUUCCUAUGGUGUUGACCUCUGGUGUUUCGGGAAUGCCAUUUGCUGGUGCCGAUGUUGGUGGUUUCUUCGGAAAUCCAUCCAAGGAGUUGUUGACCAGAUGGUACCAAACCGGUAUUUGGUACCCCUUCUUCAGAGCGCAUGCUCAUAUCGAUUCCAGAAGACGUGAGCCUUGGGUUGCUGGUGAGCCAUACACCUCAAUCAUGAGGGAUGCAAUCAAGUUGAGAUAUUCUUUGCUUCCUGUUAUUUACACCAGCUUCUACGAGUCUUCCACAAUUGGAACACCAGUCAUGAGACCUAUCUUCUAUGACCACCUUGAUAACUUGGACAGUUAUUCCAUUGAUGACCAGUUCUAUAUUGGUGGCUCGGCAGUUGAAGGAUCUGGAAUUUUGGUGAAACCUGUUACUGAUGAAGGUGCUACAGAAGUGAGCAUCUAUAUUCCUAACGAUGAAGUCCAUUACGACUACACCAAUGGCCAAUUGGAUGAAGUGAAGAUCUACCGUGCCAAGGCAGCACACUACAUCACCAAGGCUGUAUCCUUGAAUGACAUUCCAAUGUUACUUACAGGAGGAUCAAUUCUUGCACUCAAGAAUAGAUACAGAAGAUCAACCAAAUUGAUGAAAAACGAUCCAUACUCCUUGGUGAUCGCCUUGGAUUCGCAGGGAAAGGCGUCAGGAAGCUUGUACAUUGAUGAUGGAGAAUCUUUCCUGUAUUCCAAUGAUGAGUACGCCAACGUUGCCUUCACUUCGACCUCAAAUCUCAUUUCAGGAACUUCUGUUCUGGCCAGUGCCAAGUAUCUUGACUCCUUGAGUGGUCUUGAAAUUGAGAAAAUCACAUUGUUGAUCGAGGUCUCAGGUCAUAAGGCUGUUAUUCAUAAGCCACAGCUCAAGAUCAACACCAAGUGGGAAAUUCGUAUCAGUGACGAUAGGGAGAUCGAGCAUGAUGAAUUGUGA